CGGCGGCAGGGGAGGCCCCGGCGGCGGCUGCGGCGGCGGGAAGCGGAGUCGGGAAGCGGAGUCCCAGGCCCGGCGGCGGCGGGGACGAUGCCGGUGCAUUCCCGGGAAAAGAAGGAGAACAACCACGAUGAGAUGGAGGUGGACUACGGCGAGAACGAGGGCAGCAGCUCGGAGGAGGAGGAGACCGAGAGCUCGUCCGUGUCCGAGGAGGGGGACAGCUCAGAAAUGGAUGAUGAGGACUGUGAAAGAAGAAGAAUGGAAUGUUUAGAUGAAAUGUCCAAUCUUGAAAAGCAAUUUACGGACCUUAAAGACCAACUUUACAAAGAAAGAUUAAGCCAAGUGGAUGCAAAACUACAAGAGGUCAUAGCUGGAAAAGCACCUGAGUACUUAGAACCAUUGGCAGCUUUACAAGAAAAUAUGCAAAUUCGAACAAAGGUGGCAGGUAUCUAUAGAGAGCUUUGUCUGGAAUCUGUGAAGAACAAGUACGAAUGUGAAAUUCAAGCCUCUCGACAGCACUGUGAGAGUGAAAAGCUUCUCCUGUAUGAUACUGUGCAAAGUGAACUGGARGAGAAGAUUAGACGGCUUGAAGAAGACCGGCAUAGCAUUGACAUUACCUCAGAAUUGUGGAAUGAUGAACUGCAAUCCAGGAAGAAAAGGAAAGAUCCUUUUAGUCCAGAUAAAAAGAAACCUGUUGUUGUGUCAGGCCCCUAUAUAGUUUAUAUGUUACAAGAUCUUGAUAUACUUGAAGACUGGACAACAAUAAGGAAGGCAAUGGCGACACUGGGGCCACACAGAGUAAAGCCAGAACCACCUGUAAAAUUAGAAAAGCAUCUACACAGUGCUAGAUCUGAAGAUGGAAGACUUUAUUAUGAUGGCGAGUGGUAYGGACGUGGACAGACGAUAUGCAUUGAUAAGAAAGAUGAAUGUCCUACAAGUGCCAUAAUAACAACAAUUAACCAUGAUGAAGUUUGGUUUAAAAGACCGGAUGGAAGCAAGUCCAAGCUAUAUAUUUCUCAGCUACAGAAAGGAAAAUAUUCAAUAAAGCAUAAUCACAACUGACACUUUCUAACCAGUUAUGAAAUAAAUGGUCUUGCCAUGCUUGAUGUGCCAUGGGGUGAAAGUUAUAUUUAAUAGUGUUUUGUAUUCCCCAUAAAUUUACAGCAGUAUCUGAUGUACAUUUGUAGUGCUGAAUGUAAACUUCAUAUGGAUGGCCUACAGAAACCUGAAGACAUUAAAUCAUGUUGACAGACACUUUACCUCUAAAUUGGGUCCAGUGCCUAAGAUAUGAAGUCUGCUCUGCAAGAAUAAUUGCUCAGACCUUCUCAUUAAAAGUCAUAUUUUGAAGUGAAAGGGGGAAAAACAAAUUUUUAUCAUUGGUGAUCAAUUUGUGUGAUAGAGGUGACCACAGUUACAACUGGUUUUGUUUUCAUUUCAGUGAAUGUGUCAUGCUUCUYCCAUGGAUGUAAAUUUAGCCUGUUCAGCUGUUGCUUUUGAGUUGUUUGUUAAAUGCAUAGCCAUUAUUUCAUCCUGAGUGGAGUGAUUUAUUACAAUUAUUGUCCUGGACUGUUCUGCUAGUACUGACUAUCAUAUUUUGUAAGGUUUACUAUUUUGCUUGUGUUGAGGCAAAGGCAAUAUUUUAAUCUAUGUUUUUGAGGAGUGCGUUUAUAGUUCAGGACCCUAGGCUAUGGUAAACAAAGCAUUGGUGGAUGUUUUUUUUCCCCCUUUAUCAGAUUGUCAGCAAAACUUGUGUGUAAUGUAGAUGAUGUUGCUCCAACUUGUAUAAUAUGUGGCCCACAAAGGUUGAUUGCUGGGGUGGUUAUGUAAAUAAAUGUUGUUGCAUGCUCUCCUUGUUUUGUCCACAGUUCUAUGAAAUAUUAUGGCUCUUCUCAGAAUUAAAAAUAUAUCCCCAGAAGWUGUGUGUCUGGGCAGAUUUACACCAAGUUGUUCAUCAAACAUUGUUUUCCAGAUUUCUAUAGCUUCAUCUUAUUGUACACCAGAACUGUGUAAUGAAUCUUAGAAAGCUGAGCUUCCUUGCUGUUUAUGCCACGGAAAAAGUCCUAAAUUCUUAACGUUAUAGUGAUGUGCGUGGAGCAUCUAGAAUGAUAGGUGGGACUGCUGAAGAAUUAAUUACCCGUCAGUUAUGUGCACUUUAAUCUCCACUUAUGAUGGCUCUUCUUGGAGAAAGAAAGCAUCCAUUUGCUUUAAAUGAUCACAGCAAAUAAGUAUUUUUAUUGUAAUGUGUAUAAAUGUUUUAUUCCUAUAUUAUUUGUCUCUUCUAGUGCAGGGUGGUAACUACUUUCCAAAUGCCAAAUGUCCAAAAUAAGUCUUCGGUUUCUGCCGAGUAAUGCUUUUCUACAACUGUAUGAUGUU